GUCGAGAGUCGGCCUUGUCCAGAAGGGAGUUUCCAGGACCAACAACCCCAACCACAUCAAUGCCGCAAUUAAUUUCACCUUUGGCCCUCCGGGCCCUACGGACACUCAUUCACCGUCCGGCCUCAACAUCAACACCCCUACGCACCCUCACAACUUCCUCAACCAGCGCCUUCCGCCGCGCAACCACAAUCGCCAGCACCACCCCGAUCACCACCCGCUUCACCUUCACCCCCAUUUACCGCACCCAAGCAGCCCUCACCCGCCAAUUCUCCAGCUCUCCCAUCAUCCGCGCAACCUACAACCAAGUCCGCCGCGGCUGCCGCAGCGGCCAGAGCGCGCGCCGUAGCCGCUCCCCGGCAUUGAAGAACACCCCGUGCCUGAAGGGCGUCUGUGUUAAGACGGGUAUCACCAAGCCCAAGAAGCCUAACUCGGGUGAGCGCAAGGUUGCAAGAGUUCGGUUGAGUUCGGGCAAGGUCGUUAGUGCUAUUAUCCCCGGCGAGGGUCAUAAUAUUCAGCAGCACAGUGUUGUGCAGGUUCGGGGUGGUAGGGCACAGGAUUGUCCUGGUGUGAAGUAUCAUUUGGUUCGUGGAGCUAUGGAUUUGGGUGGUGUCGGAAGCCGUGUGACCAGUCGCUCCAAGUAUGGUACGAAGAAGCCUAAGAGCAACUAAAAGGUUGGCAUGGUUUGUGUAGGAUAGAGAGAGUCCUGGAGCAACGAUGCAGAUUGGCAUUCGGAGGUUUCCAGCCUCGAGUCGAGCUCAAAUCGCUGUCCGGUAUGGACUAUGCGCCCUUGAGAGGAACGGCAUCAUAUUUUCAUUUCCUUUUCUACACCAUUGUAUUUAUGCAGGAGCUCUUGUUGUCCAAUUUUUGUAUCGCAUGUACUAUUAUGGAGUGAUUGGUUAUUUGAAAUUCGUCCAGCUUUGCUCGAAGUAAGCUUUAGGCCCUACGCAGUACGAAAGAUCUGCCGAGUCCGAGCAAUGAACAAAUAAUUCAGACUGGGAGCUAGUAUUCAAAGUCUUUCCGAAUUUGAGUAUGUCGAAUGUGGGAAUAAUAUAGAAAAAACGGUUGCUCAUCCUGUGAGAAUCCUGGUGUACUCCGGUGACCCAUGCAAUCGACUAUGAAGAAAAAUGGAGACAAUCAGAAUGAGGAAAGAAAUAAGAAGGGAAACACGCUGCCGACAAAUGAAGUUAGUGACACAUGGAAGCCAUCAAUUCUCCAAAAGCUGCCGCACCAGGAAUUUUGGAUAAGAGAGAGCCGAUCAGACAAUAACCGCACAUCCCAAAAUCCGAAUAUCAGUCAUUCAAGAUGACCACUUCGGACCAGGACGGGAUUUUCUUUUAGGCUUCAGUCCAGAGAAGAAAGACAAGCAUGGUCAUCGUUUAGAGAAGCCAUCACAAACUCAAUCGAUUUCCCUGAUCUUCGUCUUCAUUUUUUGCUCGCCGAGCGGUAUUUGUAGGUGCCGCGGCACACUUUGACGAAAUCAACUACCGAGUCGAUCACCAAACGCAGCCACUGCAUAACCCUCAUUCGCGCACGGUGGCUGGCUAGCAGAACCAUUGCACCAAUCAGACACAUGACAACGACGUAGCGACCGAGCGCGAGGAGUCAAUCUUGCUUGUCCCAGCCAUCGGGCUUUUGCAAAUCGUUGACCUUGAACCACCGAUUUGUGC